AUGGGCACUUGCCAGAGCGCUCCCACCAACCAGCCAGAGUUGAUUCAGAACAGGCACCCUCAUCCACAUUUCCAGUGGUAUGACGUGCCAUGCGCCGAGAAGUUCGGCUGGAUUCCAGACAUCCCAGACCAUCGCGAUUUGCAUGUGACCUUUGAGAAGAAGGAGGCCCCCAGCCAGAUCAAGAAGAAGUCUGAAGGAAGCAAGGAGCUCGUGGAUUUGCGUCCUCAGAAUGGUGGCUUCCCCAUCUUCAAUCAAGGACACUUGGGAAGCUGCACGGCCAAUGCCUUGGCCGCCGCCUUUCACUUCGCCUUGCACAAGCAGAUGGUGGAGAAUAAUGCAGACUUCGCUGAUUUCACGCCCAGCCGUCUCUUCAUCUACUACAACGAAAGGUAUGUGGAGGGCAGUGUGGACAGGGACGCAGGCGCCAUGAUCCGUGAUGGCAUCAAAGUUAUGGAGAAGCUGGGCGUUUGCCCCGAGAAACAGUGGAAGUACGACGACCAACAUGACUUCUUCAAGAAGCAACCCGACAAGAGUUGCUACGACUUGGCCCAAAAGUGCAAAGUGAUGGGCUACGCCAAGGUCGCGCAAGAGUUGGAUCAGUUGAAGGCUUGCAUCAAGCACGGCUAUCCCUUCGUUUUCGGCUUCACUGUGCUCACCAGCUUCUCCGGCGACGUGGCCAAGACGGGGAACAUGGUCAUGCCGCAGCCAGGGGACAAGGUGCGUGGCGGCCACGCCGUGACCGCUGUGGGCUAUGACGACUUCAAGCAGUGCUUCAUUGUGAGGAAUUCUUGGGGCGAGAGUUGGGGUGACAAGGGCUACUUCUACAUGCCUUAUGCCUACAUCACCGAUCCUCAACUGGCCCAGGACAUUUGGGCUAUCAACUGGGUUGAGGGCUUCAAGAACACGAAGACCAAGAAGUGUCGUUCCAGCGACGUGGAGCAGCUUUGGUCCUGCGAGGCCGCGAGCUCGAGGGUGCCCAAGGCGGGCCAUCCGCAUGAGGAAGCACAGAAAGUCCUGGAUCUCACCUUGAAGGAGAUGUGCCAAGACGCCUGGAUGUCGCGUCUUUGGUUAACCUACCUGGACUGCGACUUUCUGCAGAAUUAUCUCAGAUGGACCAGUCCCGAGUCAGAUUGGCUGGAGGAGGCCUUCGUGACCUAUGUCGCAGGCCCACAGGAUUCCAUCUACGCGUUGCAGGCUGUAAAUUUGAUUCGUUCCAUCGACCUCUUCUCCACCCGUCCCGUGGUGGUGGUGGUCUUUGACGACAAAUUCAUGCCCCCUGCCCAGUGGCAUGGCUUUCCAAAUGUGAUCGUCUACAAGAUGCUUCCCAUGAAAGGUCACCAUGUCUCCUUCAACUUCAACAAGCUGCGUGCCAUGGUGGCGGCCAGAGUUCUGGUGGGCAUCCAACUGGACACGGACCAACUCAUCACUCCAAGCCUUGAAAGGAUGUUUGCCGCCACUCGGCGGGAGAUCCAUGAACACUACCCCUGGGUGAUGUUGCCAGUCCAUUGGAUGUCCCGGGACGCCAAGCCGGGUGAGCUCUACUCGGACAUGAACUUCCAGGGUUGGCACGGUCAGAGGACAAUGAGGUGGGGUCAUGCUCAUCCCAGCUGGAGCUUUUGGGCUUUGCCAUUCCUUUGCAAUUUGCUGUACGAACGGUUCCGCGCUGCCUCCAAACCUGGCAAGAUCGAGGUCUGGGACCUCAAAGCCGCUGAGCUUGUGGGGCUGCCCACAGUGCUGCGGGAAGGGAAGAAGCUGAUCCGAGAGGCGAAGUUCGGACACUUCAUGUUGGAAGAUGAGGACAUGCUGAACGUCGGCCUUUGGCGGGAUCUGGCGAAGAAGGAGUGGUGCAAAUUUGAUUUGGAGUGGGCGCUGUUCAAGGAACGCUUUGAAGUUGCGGACAAGAGCCUCUCAGACUCCAAGUGGUACCCUGACGGGGUGCCUUUGGCUUACAUCUCCAUGCACAACACCAAGCAGUUUGAAGUGACCGACUGGCUUCUGAGCUGGUUGGCGCGGUGCUUCAACUUCCGCCCUGUCUGUCGGGAGAAAGGCAAAGGCCAAUUGCCUUCUUGUCAAGAGGAUUCCUCCUCGGAACGACUGCUGAGACGAAGACCUGCGGAGUACAUGACGAAGAUGUGUUGCUGCCUCGAGCCACGCAUGAAGAAAUGGAUCUUCUGGGGAAAAACCUGGUUCAGCAAUAGUGCAGAUGUGCCAGGCAAAAUGCCCGGCAUGCAGAAGAAUCGCACCUGCAGUCUGCCCUGA